UCGGUUUGGCUGAAACGAGUCCUUAUAAUCCGUUAAAAGUGCUUCAUUCUUUGCUCGAGUCAAGCCCAUUUAGACUUAAAGAUUCUUUUCUAGAGGAAAUAUAUCCGACAGGACCUACUGUCUCG